AUGGCAAAAGAAUUAUUGUUAGGUUCCCUAGGAUUUGGUGUAUUCGUACUUAGCAUCUUCCUCUAUUUCUCAAUUGAUAGCUUAGCUUAUAACCAAGUAGGCUUAAACUACUCCUCAAUUUUCAAGUCUGUUGAAAACAAAACAUACGAAUCUGGUAUCCAUUUCAUUGGUCUUGGACAUGACUUUAUUGGCUAUGAUUUAACCAUAACUACUCUAGAAUUCUCCAAGCAAAGUGGUGCUACUCUUCCACUUAUCAGCUGCAGAACUAAGGACGGCUUGAAACUUGAUCUAGAAAUCAGCUUCUAGUAUAGAGUGCUACCAGCUAGCAUUUAUGAGAUUUAUAAUACCUUUGGAGAUAACUUGAAAACAGUACUUCUAAGAAUUGCUCUUGAUUCCAUCAGUGAUGUUGGUACUUAAUACAGAGCCAUCGACUUCUUUACAAUUAGACAAGACAUUUCAGCUAAAAUGAGAGAUGCUCUGAACAAGAGACUAUAGAAGGAUCUUAAAUGCGAGGUCGUCUUCUUUCAACUUAGAUCCAUUGAUUUGCCAGAUAAAUUCGAGCAAUCAAUUUAAGAUACAGAAGUUACCAAGCAAAGCAUUCUCAGAGCUGAGGCAGAGAGAGUUAAGAAUAACAUUACCUAAUAAAUGCUUAUUGAAGUUUCUGAAGUUAAAAAGAAUGUAAUUGUCAAUGAUGCCAAAGGUGCAGCUAGUGCUAAGACCCUCAUUACCAAGGCUAACACCUAGACCUUCUAAGAGAUCCAAACUAAUCAGGCUGAAGCUUACGCUAAGUUGAUGAAGGAUCUUGGACUCACAAAAUAAGAAUUGAUCUAAUACCUCCAACUAAACCUUAUUAAGAAUUCUCAAGACGGAGCAUUAGUCAUCUCGAUUAAUAACAAUGCCCCUAAAACUGGUUGA